AUGUCUGUAUCAGUUCAACCAGCCGGUCCUCGCGGCGAGUCUCCUGCUGACUACAUGAUUAUCCAACCACAGUCGCCAGAAGAUCUCGUCCUUGAUUCCUCAAUUUCAAGCAGGUCAAAAUCCGAUGAUUCAGGGUCACUAGAAAUUACUAAUACAGAUUCGGAUGAAGAAGGAAAUUUGAAGAUCGAUGAAGAUGAGUACAUUUGCCAUGUUUGUGACCGAUCCUUUGAGGAUGAGAAUUUGCUGCAAGUGCAUCACAACAUCCACAAAGUUGACUUCCUAACUUGGAAAGCCCGAGCUCAUGUCAAAUCCACCCAAACAAAUGCUCCUGGGAGUGUUCGUUGCGUCGGCUGCACAUUCAACUAUGCCAAGAAAGAGUGCUUUGUCAACUACGACGGGACUAAAUCUGUCUGUACAUUCUGUUACGAAACGACGAGGUCGAAACACCUCAAGAACUAUGGCUACAUAAAGAUGAACAGAGAUCUCUUUGAAUUUUCAAAUUUCCUGAUGUACGAAUCAAUGAGGAUCGUGCCAGCAGAAGGUGCUAGCCAGCGCUCGCAAGCUCCUGGCAGGCAGCUCAAACUAUCCGAAGAGGAGAAAGUCGCCAGAGUCAAAGCGAUCAACAACGAGCUCAAAGAAAAUCCAGGCGCAGAUCUGGACGAGCUCUGCUUGAAGUGGAGCAUCAAACCGUCUGAUUUCAAUAUGUAUAGAGACACCAGUUCCAGCUCAACAGCGACAACUGGUAAAGUCACGAUGCCGAAAACAUGGAAGACAGAAUCAAUCAAUCCCGCUGCGUACGUUUGCCCAGUCACAAAGCUCCCACUUUCUACGAUCAAGAGGAUCAAGCAGCUCCUACAGGAAGCGAAAGGAAAAAGCGACCCUGGUUUCAUGUUGAAAUUAGUCGCGAAAUACAACGUCAGUCAGUCAGAUCUACAGAAGUACAUGUCGCUUAUCGUGUCAAACGGCGAUCAACCGGUAAGAAAAGCUGAUUUUUCAAAGAAUAACAACACUCAGAAGACGCAAGAGAACACGAACAAUUUGAACGGCGUCCAACAAGCUCAACUUUCAAAGCUGCUCGCGUCAAAGAACGUUCUGCGUCUGACUCCCGUGACGAUCGCCACGACGACGCCAAAAUCCUCAACUGGAAACGAGAUGGAAAAGAUGAGCUGGAUGUCCGGAAACAAAAAUAGCCUUCCUUCAAUGGUUCAAGCCGUGUCAGUAAUCCCUAGCUCCCGUUCGUCUCCCACUAGCUCGAUUCCACUCACGACAAAUGCCACAGUCGUCCAAGCAACACCAACUAUUUCAAGUUCUACCCCACAAGCGACAGAAGCAUCUCGCCGCGGGGGAGCCAAGAAAAACUCAAAGAAUAUUUGCAUCAAUUGCGGAACGAAUACGGCGACCCUCUGGAGACGAAUAAAGAGCCCGGAAGAAAUCGAACUCAAGAGGCCUGGUCUUGUCGCUCAACGCGAUUUUCCCCAGUACACAGGCAAACUCGCCUGUAAUUCGUGUGCGCUCUACUGGUCACUUCACGGGAAACAUCGAGUAGUCUCCGAAAACACGCAGGAAACUCCCCGACGGCGAAAUCGCAAGAAAAACUUCGAGAAAACUGCAAAAGCUAACGGUCUGACCAUGACCCACUACAACGGUCCUCCAAGCAAGCAACCCAAACUUGCGCCGGCACCAAGUUCUAUCGCUCCUACGAUUCUUUCACCCGCUUCUGCUUCCAGCAAUUUCCGGAUGACGCCUAAGUCGGUCGAGAAGCUGACCACUUCCAGCACACUCGCCCCGAUUCAAGUCAAAACCUCGUCAAUUCCGACCGCCUCUAGCAGCGCUUCAAGCCCCAACUCUUCAUCACCAAAUUUAUCGAAUCUCGCCAAUUUGCCCGGCAUCGAUCUCAAAGCACAUCUUCAAUUGCUCCUUUCACUUCAAUUACAAUCAGACCCAGCAGCGAUUUCUAAGCUCUUGCCGUUCUUGCAAAAUCUUCAAGGAAACCUCCCCACUGCUGAAAUCAAGGAAGAACCUUCUGACGAAAUGACCAUCACUGAAAUGGACCAGACGGACUCCUUCGAUUCAAUCACCUCUUCCCCCCUCACCAGCCAGCAAUCUCCGAUCGACACCAAACCCGAUAUUCCUUCAAUGGCUUGCAGUUCCUGUCGCAUCACCAUUUUCCCUCCAGAGCAAGGGCAACCCUUCCCUUGCCAACAGUGCCCAAUGUGUCCGAAAUCGAUUUACUGCAAUUCUUGCAUUCACUCCAUUGAUCACCUCAAACUUCAUUCAGCUGCUAAUGUUAGACUUGAUGGAAAACUAGAUAUUCCAACUGUUUAA